AUGCGGUGCGAGAUGUCCGAGGAACUAGAUCAAGAACGAAAAAUCUUAUCAAUCCUCGAAGAAACUCCCCAGCCCUCCGUGUUGGAAACGGGCAUGGCAGUCGGCGGUUUCUCACAGCACGUCCUCGACCGCUACCCCCACGCCAGGAUCACAGGCAUCUCGAUCCCAGGCGAGGAGGGAGGGUGCCCGGUUGGCUUUGAAAGCGACAACGUGCACUCGGUGCUCAAGAAUGUCGGCACACUAGCCGGGGACGUGGGAGUGUCCGACAUCCCCGACACGCACCAGAUGGAAACAUCCUUGACCAUGGAGAGAGUUCUCCCGGCCGGCGAAGAAUACGACCUCAUAUUCUGCCAGGAACAACCGGUGGGAGAGCCGAGAACCAAAGAAACGCGCAAGAAGGGCAAAAAUCGACCCAGGAAGAAUAGAAAGAUGCCCGGUGAAAGACAAAUCUGGAGCAACUCCCCCAAGUAUAUUCGCAUCCUGAUGGCCCAGCUCGUCAUCGCCAUGAAGCAUCUGCGGGAGAAUGGAACUAUUGUUGUGUUGAUGCGCAAGGCAGACGAUGCACACACAUUUUUGCUGCUGGAUUCGAUUUGGAGGUUUUCGGAAGUCAGCUUAUAUAAACAUCGCCUUUGGUAUCAGACAGCUUCAUCAUUCUACUUGGUUGCCAAGAAGGUUCAGACUCGGAGCGAAAACGCUGCUGUGGCGAUUGAGACAUGGAGACAGAAGUGGAAGAAUACGUUGGAAGAAGCUGCGGCAGCAGACGGGAGCGCGGAACCUGUCGACGAGGAGGUUCAAGCUGUGUCCGAGUUGCUUGAAGACCGGGGCAAAUUGCUGAUCGAAUUGGCUGCCCCGGUUUGGGAAGCUCAAGCAGACGGAUUGGAGUCGCUUUUUAGGAGUCUCGCCAAGGAAUCGAAGCAGUCGCCGCCGCCUUCGAAGUGUUUGCAUGUUAAAAAACUGGCACGCAAACUCAAUCCCAACUGGAAUCCAUUUAGCGCCUUGAAAGUUGACUACUAG